AUCGUCUACUAUUUGUAUUAGUCAAGAGAAUGCGGGGUAUAAGAGUCAUUCUACGACCACAGCCAAGCGAUCCGCAAUCUCGCUUCGCUUACCGGAGAACCAAACCAACUGUGCGGAAAAACAAAGAGCUCAGCCCAAAGAAAAUUUUAACCAGCUCCAAAUCGACAACUGGGCGCAGGCGAGUCCGGGAUUCGAACAAGUGACAAGUAUCUGAUUCAUCAAAAUCUUUCGAACCUUAUCCUUUAUCUGUUGUUUUUCAGUCUCCAUAUUCCCUCCUCCUCCCCCUUGCCUCUUCGCAGAGAAAUCCUGCCACAGAUUUUUUGCAUUUCAUCUGAUUUUUUUAGGCGAAGAAUAUGGUGCUGGGUUCUUGGUUGUUCGUCAGGAUAUAAAGUACUCGGAAAUGGGAACAGGCUCGGAGUCUAAUGGAUGGAGCCGAGCUCGAGGAUUGGUAGUCAAGACGCUGGUUAUGAUCGGAGGUGCAAUUCUGGUGAAGCGCCUCACCAAGUCUACUACCCGUUGGGACCAUGCUCGAAUUGUAGCUCAGUCACUCAGCGGCGAAAAGUUCUCCAGAGAACAAGCAUCCAGAGAUCCCGAUAAUUACUUCAACAUUAGAAUGGUUACUUGUCCGGCAGCGGAGAUGGUGGAUGGUUCCAAGGUUUUAUAUUUCGAACAGGCAUUCUGGAGAACUCCUCAAAAGCCCUUUCGGCAGAGGUUCUACAUGGUGAAGCCUUGUCCAAAGGAGUUGAAAUGCGAUGUUGAGGUGAGCUCAUAUGUCAUCAGAGAUGCAGAGGAGUACAAAAAUUUCUGUGAUCGCCCAAGGGAUCAGCGACCAUUGCCAGAAGAAGUUAUUGGUGACAUUGCAGAACAUCUGACAACAAUACAUCUUAAACGCUGUGACCGUGGAAAAUGCUGCUUGUAUGAAGGUUCUACUCCCCCUGGUGGAUUCCCAAAUACAUGGAACGGAGCAAGCUACUGCACUUCGGAACUUGCAAUUUUAAAAAACAAUGAAGUACAUACAUGGGAUAGGGGCUAUGAUGAUGGUGGAAAUGAGGUUUGGGGAGUGAAGGAAGGACCUUAUGAGUUCAAGCCUGCACCAGCUUCUAGUAUUAAUGACAUGUUUUCUCCUUUGAAUUCCCCUCCCCCACAAUUGAUGGAGAAAAGAAUAGAGGGUUCUUUUGUGUUGCAAGAAUGAUCACUUAAUACAUAUAUAACCACGUGUAAAUUCUCAAAUCUGUUAGACCACGCUUUCCAUCAGUUUUCUUUUGUUGGAUAGCUGAUGUAAUAUGCAAUUGAUGAACAUGGUGUGCUAGAUAAUAGAGGCCUCGUUACGGGCAAGAACUUUCACCA